AUGCUUAACUUGGGACAGAUUCUGGACAAAUUCUUUAUACAAGUGUCGCUCCUUCUGUCUAAACCCCACUCGGUCCGACCCUCCAUUGCUACUCUAUCCAAGGAAGAUCUUCUUCUUGAAUUCAAGGGAUCACGCGUGCUCAUCCCAGACCUGUACGCUCUGCUCCCUGGGUGGCGGUUCAAUGUCAACAAGCAUUGCGAUUCUGUCCGAAAGCAGCUGAACGAGUGGAUGUUGAGCUGGGUCGACGAUGAGAAGAACCGCCGCCGUAUGCAGGCGGCCGACUUUGCUCUGCUUGCGGGGUGCUUCUAUCCCGAUGCUGAGGAGGAAGAAUAUUUAAUGAUGGCUUACUAUCACCUCUGGGUGUUCGUCUGGGACGAUGAGCUUGAUUGCGGCCCUCUCACACAUGACUACGAGGGGGCGCAAAUCUUUAGGAAAGAAACAGACGACUGCCUCCACUACACUCUCGGUCCGGAGCCAUUCAAAGAACCUCGACCGCCUAUAGGCCCUAUCAUGGCGCCGUUUUGUGAGGUUGCAGAGAAAGUGGUGGCAGGGAGCACACCAGACGCACGCGCAGAAGUUCUACGCGAACUGGAAGGAUAUGUGGAGGGCGCGUGUGCGCUGCCAGGCGAGCGGCAAGGUGAGAAGGACCAGAAGGCCUUCCUAAGUAUGGAGAAGUUCAUGGCCCAGCGUGCGCGCAGUGGAGGUGCUGGCCCAAGCAUUACUUUGCUAUUGUACAUCUAUCACAUCGAUCUACCCACCUUAAUCUUGGAGCAUGAUACUCUCCAGACCAUCUUCCAUCAAGCUUGCCUCAUCGUCCAUCUAGUCAACGACAUUGUCUCUUUCGUGAAAGAGAUUCGGGACGACCAACUCGACAACAUUGUACCAGUUCUCGCAAUCGAGCACAGCAUUACGCUCCAGGAAGCCAUCGAGCGUGCGUGCGACCUCGUGCGCGCAGCGCGGCACUCGCUCGAAAUGGCGGAGACUCAUCUACCAGUAACUGGGAGCACAGAGCUCGACGGCCAAAUAGCGCGAUACGUACAAGGAUGCAAGGACGUUGCGGCCGGCAAUUUGCACUGGAGUUACCAGAAUGCCCGAUACUUCGGGCAGAACCCACAGCGUGAGGGAAACAAGAUAUUCCUGCAAAUAUAG